CUUCUCGUUCGAUUUUCUCGCGUGCGUGGCCUGAAUGCUGUUUUCCCUUCUGUUCGAUAAACUAACACAAGUUACGAGGAUUGCGUGAAGAUCGGGUUAACCAACGAUGCAGAGACCGAGACGACGAUUGGAAGGCACAGCCAUGGGUGCCACCGUCUUCGAUCUCCGUCCCGGCGUCGGCAUCGGUCCUUUCUCUAUCGGUAUGCCUAUUUGUGAAGCAUUUGCUCAGAUAGAGCAGCAGCCUAACAUAUAUGAUGUUGUCCAUGUUAAAUAUUACGACGAGGAACCUCUGAAGCUUGAUAUUGUUAUCAGCUUUCCGGAUCAUGGGUUCCAUCUUCGUUUUGAUCCUUGGUCUCAGAGAUUGCGCCUUGUUGAGAUAUAUGAUGUCAAGCGGCUCCAGAUGCGCUAUGCAACAUCUCUGAUUGGGGGCCCGUCAACCCUUGCCACUUUUGUAGCUGUAUAUGCACUUUUUGGUCCGACGUUUCCCGGUAUCUAUGACAAAGACAGAGGGGUUUAUACCCUGUUUUACCCGGGGUUAUCCUUCGCAUUUCCGAUUCCAAGCCAGUACACAGACUGCUGCCAUGAUGGAGAAGCGGCUUUGCCUCUAGAGUUUCCAGAUGGCACUACACCAGUGACAUGCCGGGUCUCUAUAUAUGACAAUUCGAGCGACAAAAAAGUUGGUGUUGGAGCCUUGAUGGAUAAGGCCUCUGUUCCUGCAUUGCCACCUGGUAGCUUUUAUAUGGAAGAGGUCCAUGUUAAGCUUGGCAGGGAACUAUACUUUACUGUUGGGGGCCAACUUAUACCUUUCGGAGCAUCACCGCAGGAUGUUUGGACUGAACUUGGACGACCAUGUGGAAUCCACCCAAAGCAGGUGGACCAAAUGGUUAUUCACUCUGCAUCAGAUCCCCGGCCGAAAACAACUCUUUGUGGGGACUACUUCUAUAACUACUUUACGCGUGGUUUAGAUAUCUUGUUUGAUGGCCAGACUCAUAAAGUUAAGAAGUUUGUUCUGCACACAAAUUAUCCUGGUCAUGCCGAUUUCAAUUCAUACAUAAAGUGCAACUUCUUGAUCGUUGUUGGAGAAUCUGCACCAGAAGCAAACAAUGAUAACAACAAGAUCACUCCAAGCACUAAGUGGGAGCAGGUUAAGGAAAUACUUGGGGACUGUGGCCGAGCAGCUAUCCAGACACAGGGUUCAACCGGCAACCCUUUUGGGUCGACUUAUGUGUAUGGCUAUCAGAAUGUUGCUUUUGAGGUGAUGAAGAAUGGUCAUAUAGCCACUGUCACUCUUUUCCAGUCUUGACUGUCACACUUCGCUCAGGGGCUACGGGGGGACUCAUAUGGACAUAUUAUGCCCGUCCGCAGAAUCUGUAGAACCAAGUCAAGAAGGUCCAAACUCUUCGAGACUUCAGACAAGAAUUUGAACAUCACCAAAAAAAGUUGUAAAAAAAAAAAAGGAAUGGCGCUGCUACAUUUUUUUCUUCUUUUGACGGUAAAGAACAAGUUGUAGAAUACAAUAGAACUGUGUUGAUAGAUGUAAAUUAUCCAAUUAAGCAAUGGAACAUAGCUCAUGUGGCCAUAAGCCGUUCAUUGGCCUUUUAA